GCCCUUGCCCUUGCCCUUGCCCUUUGGCUGAUUACCACCAGCAAAGCAAGGCAAUUGUCGCUACCGCGGCUCCAGGCUCCAGGCUCCGGCUUGAAGAACACUACUACACUGAAAUGGUAAAGCUUGGAUGCACCAUCGAUGGUAACCUCAAUGACUCAAAAUUCAGUCAGCCGAUGCCAUGGAUCGGCAUCUACAUCGCCGCUGCAUCUGCUCUCUGCGCAAUCGCCAUGGCCGUCGACGCCUUGUACGGCUUCCGCCACCGCAAGUACUGGUUCCCCUGCAAAUUCUUCUCUCUCAACGCCACCACUCUGACUCUCAUAGGCGUCACCAUCAAAUUGUCGGUGGACCUCAACACCUCCAUGCCUCGCCCCAGGGAUCAGCUCGUGAAGCUCAGCAGCUCCACCUUGAUCUGCACUGUGAUGGGUAAUUCCAUGCCUUCUCUUGGGACAACGGAAAACAAGGAAAUUUUCAUGAACAUCAUGGCUUUGGGGAUUCUUGUUAUUACUGCAAUUGUGAACAUUUGCAUCGAACUGGGGACUGGGGUUAUUUAUGUGUACUGGAAAGAGCAUGCUUUUCUUAUGUUUCUUAUGCUUGUUUUGCUUGCAAGUUUGACUUCUUCUGCUCUAAUUGUCCCAACUACGAAACAUUACUUUGACCUGAAGUACACUAAGAAACUUAAAAUGGCUAUGGAAGAAUGCUACAAAAGAACUGGGAAGAAGUCGGUGGUUGAGAAACUGAAAGGGGAUCUAACAAAAUUUUGGAUGAUGGCAAAUACCUGUGCCCCGCAGUUUGUGAUAGGCCGAUCAGCGACCUGCACUGCCUCCGGUGCGUUCUGCCUUCUGGCUGCGAUGACCUUAACGCAAGCUAUCCUUCGAACUUACUUCAUCCCGAGGUCAUUCAAAUUUUGCAGUGGGGAGUCGGAAUAUAAGUGGUCGAUUACUUUGAUUUUUGUAACCCAAGUUAUUGCAGUGGUUGCAGGGACUAUUGCCCCUGCUCUUAGGUGGUUUAAUGCAAUUAAUUUUAAGUGCCCAAGGAAAGCAAGUAUGCCUGCGAAACGCAGUUCUAAUCUGGAGUGGUACUGGAUCUCGAGAUUGGUAGAAUGGAAGGAAUCUCCAUUGGAAUUAGAAAUGUCUGGCAGGCUCUGCAAAAAAAUUGUCCAUGACACAAAAAAGCUAGUUCUGGGUUUCUGUAUUCAAGUUCAGACUGGGAUAGUGAUGGUGAGCAAAUGGGUGAUGUUGGUUUCCAUUUUCUUUAUGAGCUUUCUCCGGCUAUGCUAUUACUACUGCGCGGAAUUGAAGAAGCUGCUCAAAAUUAAAUGUAAUAAUAGCCUCGGAGACAAUGACUCAGGAUCCGGAUCACUGCCUGGCCCAGAGCUAGAUCUCAGUCGUUUUGUUUUGCAUCUUGAAGGUGAAGAAGAAUUGGUUGAUGUGAUGAUGGAAAACAAUAAGAACAUUACUGAAUAUUGGUACUUGAUGGGGAAAAGGAAACAGCCAGAGAAUCUCAUACAACUUGUGGAGAAAUCCACGUCCCGUCAAGUACUUAAUGGAGUAAGCGAGUUUGAUAAUGACGAGGUUCCUUCUCUGGAAGCUGAAGAACCUCCCAAUUCUUGGGCUCUUCCGGUGGUGACACUAACAGCUAUUGCAGUUGCGCUCCCUGGUAUUGAACGCCAUUUAGUUAAACAGUUGAUAAGAAGCGUAUGUGAAGGCCUUGCAUAUGUGAAAGUUGUGGAGAAUAACCUGAAUGACAAAAAAGAGUUUAAAAAUGUAAGUAAGGCAGCUGAAACUUUGUGGCUGGAAAUUCAUGUGUAUGGCAAAUGGCUGGAUGUGGAUCUCCACAAGAUAUCUCUCCAAGCAAAAGGCCCAGAAAAGGUACUAAAAGAGUUUGCUGAUAUUGCGAAGAACAGGUUUUUUGAAUUCCAUAAGAAUGGUUCUCUUCAAUGUCUUAGGGAGAGCCCUUCCAAGUGGUCCAUCAAGAUGGUGGCCGCCAAUAUCAUGUACAGAAUAAGUCAAACUAUUUUGUUGGAUUAUGAAGCCAGAGACUAUGAUGGUAGUGAGAGAUUAUUUGAAAGGUUGAUUGUCAUGAUAGCUGACAUAUUAUCUGCUUGUCUAACCAACUUACCGAGAGCUAUGCUUAUGGAAUGCCAUCAGAGCACCAUUGAGGAACGGGAAGAAAAUGUCCGCCGCACAAUAAUUCUACUUGGAAAGGCAGAAAGGAUAUUGGAACUUCUUGGUCAGCUACAACUUCCAAGUUUAGAUCUAGAGCAACUGGCAUAUAUUGAUGACUGGCGGUCAUUAAGGAAGCAGAAGGCUUCUGGGCAUCUCGAUUCUUCUUCAACAAUCACUGGUAAACCUUGUUCUGGUUCAUUUCACAUGUACCUAACCAUUGAAUAGAAAGCAUAUGCUUAAAUUUGGAAUUGAAGGCAGGAAAUAGCUUGUAUCAUCACAUUUAGAUUGAAUCUACUUUCAAGGUUUCCUUUUUCA